UCAGAAUUUUGUAUUUAUAAAAUAAAGAUAAAACAUUAUAGGAUAAUAGGAUGUGGGUUAAAUGUGAGGUUAAAUUUUAUUUUAUAGGAAUAGGAUUAUAGGAAGAAAUGGUAUUUGCUGGCUGAAUCUUUCUUGUAAUCUUGUUAACCUUCAGCUAAAUUUCAUAUUGUGCAAUAUUAGCGGCGGUACACGUUUAAAAUAUGUUAUUCGAAUUUAGAACUUGUAUCAGUGCGGGCGAUCAUGAAUGUAUUCCAAAUGCUUCCACCAAAUUUUGCAAUUGUUAGAAAAGUUUUUCAUUGUUAUCAUCAAAAUGUGCAGUAGUGUUAAAAAUGACAAUGGGAAAGUUGUUCCGUACGCUUUUCGUGCAUUUCAAUAUGAAAAAAUAUCUCCAAACAAGGGUUCGAAGUUACCCUUUCCUCGAAGUGGUCAUAGAAUAGGAGCGGAUUCUUCUAAUUUUUAUUCAUUUGGCGGUUACAACCCCUGGGUGAGAGACGAAGUUGAACAAAAUGAAGAUGAUGAUUUUUGGAUACAAUCAUAUCCAUUGUUCCAGGAACUGUGGAAGUUUAAUUUUGCCUCUAGGGAGUGGACUAAGUUUAGAAAUAGUGAGACUCUGCCCAUGGAGCUGGCUUCAAAUGCACUUAUACUGCAUGGAAAUAUUUUGAUGGUAUAUCUUUGUGUAUAUGGAGGAACGGGGUCUCCAUUUGGCAUUAGAUGUAGCAACCAACUAUAUGUAUGUAAAGUGAAUGAUGAAAAUAGUAUUAUGAUGGAAGUCAAUACAACUGGACAAUUACCGUUACCAUUAUAUGGUCAGGCGCUUGUUUUCCACAAUGACUACUUAUAUACAAUUGGUGGUACUACUGGAUUGUCCUACACUUGUGACAUUCACAGGUUAAAUAUGAAAACUAUGAACUGGGAAAUUGUAUAUUUAUGUAAUGGAUUAAGCGAAUAUGAACCAAAGGGUCGAUACAGACAUGAAGUUGGCUUUGAUGGAAGAAAUAUAUAUGUCUUAGGAGGAGGAACCACAGAAGAGGCAUAUGGUUUUCAACAUAUACCCUCGUUUGAUGUAGAAAAAAAUAUUUGGUACAGGCAGAAAACAGUACGAGAUGUUAACAGAGGUUAUCCCGAACCAAGGCGAUGCCACGGAGCUGUUCAAAUUAGCUACAAUUCUAACAUUCAAAUAUUCGUUACUGGAGGCCACGAUGGUGAGAAUAUUUUCAACGAUCUCUGGAGGUUAGAUCUGCAAACAUACCAAUGGACUUAUUUCAAUCUAUGUAGGUUACCACAACCGACAUACUUUCACGCUACAGCUGUAACACCUGAAGGAAAAUUGUACGUGUUUGGUGGAAAUUUCAGCGUAGAUGAGGAUGUAAGAAGGAGCAAUGCCGUAUUUUCAACUUGGCUGUGUAUUCCAAAAUUGAGCGAAAUAUGUUGGGAAUCUGUAUUAUAUUAUAGUCCAAACUUGCAUAAACUUAAAUCUCAUGAUUUAAUUGAUUUGGGAUUACCCAGGAGGUUUCUGCAGAGGUUGGGCAGCAGUGACCAGUGAUAAUAAAAACCGGCAAUAGUGAAUCCGUUAAUGGCGCCAGGAAACGAUUAAGGUUUUAAUAGUUAAAAACGUAUAUUUCAUUGAUUUUUAUAGAAUAAACGUUCGAAACUGAAGUAAGAGAGUGGAGCAAGAAUGUUUUCGAGCCUUUGAUUAAAUUUUAAUGAAGCGUGUUCUUUAAAAGUCAAGAUUAAAUCAUUGAUAAAAAUAUGUAUUUGUUUUAUUUCAAGAG